AUGAAAAGACAAAGAUCUUUCGAGAGAAAGAGCAGGAGUGUGUCUAAGAGGCGCCGUAUAGACACUUCUUCAGAUGACAGUCGUCAGUGGUAUGAGGUGAUGCUUGCCCUGGCGGCCAAAUCAGCUUGCAAACAAGUCUUUACUUCUGCUGCUCACGAAUGGAGAGAGCACAUUAAAGACUGGUAUGAGUUGACCCAUGCCAUCAACAAAUCUGAGGAGCGUAGGGAGCUUCCUACCAUACCUCAACCUACGCACCAGAUGGAGUGGUUGGCUAGAGUCAAUUUUGAGCACAGAUCCAUGCGCCGUAACAUACCACAACAGAGACGUCAUAAAGUCUCCGCCAAGAAACAAGACCUGAAUUCCUCUUUUUAUGUUUACUAAAUAGAAGACUAG